AUGACUGACUUGUGCUCCGUACAAGCUUCAGGGGACGCCGACACGGACUCCGACAACAACGCCGACGCUGACAAAAGAUCUCUAUCAAUAGAUGUCAUGAUAAUACCAAAAGAAAUUGAUGAUUUUGAGGAAAGCAACAUUUCCUUCAAAUGUGUUCACAGUGGAACAGGAUUAAUGAUGUCAUGGCAACGAAAAGAUGGGAUUCCAGUCAAAGCAUUGACUAUCACGCCUACCGAGAAGUCCAUACAGAUUUCUGAAAACAAAACCACAACGUUUACUUGCAACACUGCCUACAGUCGACCGAUUCCGGAGAUCCAAUGGAUUUUAAAGAAUCACAGUCAUUUGCUAUUAAAUGGAGAGCAAACAAAUACAACUAACAAUAUAGGUUUGACUUCAGCGGAGAGUACACUUAAUUACAAACCUAGCAGAACAUACAACGGAUGGGAGCUUUAUUGUAUUGUCAUCAAGUCGGAAGUGCAAAAGGAGGAAAUAUCAUCAAAUUUAGUUACACUUAAUGUCACAUAUCCACCGGAUACAACGUUAAUGAUAAAUGGGUUUCUCUCAAAUGGAAUUUAUUAUGUUAUUGAAAAUAACACAGGUACUUUAACUUGCAAAAUCACUGGAGGAAAUCCAAAGCCUUUAUUGACAUGGACUAGAUGUUUUGGUAAUGAAAUUUAUAUUAGUUCUGGCAGCUACUCUACAGCAGAAUGUACCACAAAUACGUUGACUUGGCGGGCAAUGUCUUACACUGACAGAUUAUGUACUUGUCAGUCAAUACAAAUGGAAAGAAAUGACUCUGUGUCUAUCAAUGUCAAAGUAUUAUAUCCUCCUACUAUACCAAUAGUCACGUAUAACUCAAAACGUGUGUCUGGAGAUAUAUAUAUCACGCUAAACGAAAAAAUGUUGUUGGAUUGUUAUAGCAAUAGUAAGCCCCUUCCAACUUACCAAUGGGAAGCAAAACACAUACCAGUGACUUUCAAUAGAACAUUGCAAAUUCUUGAGACGAAAAAGAUGCACCAAGGACAUUUUACGUGUCUUGUUACAAAUACAAUGAACGCAACCGAAAAAAUACAGAAUGGUUCAAGUAGAAGCACUGUUGAAGUCCAUGUUCUUUAUCCGCCUGCAAUUAACACAUUAGAAAACCUGACAUUGGUAGAAGGAGAUCAUCUUAACUUUUCAUGUUCGGUUACUCAUGGAAACCCAAAGGAAACGGUAUUUUUGUGGACAUCUGAGAGGCACAUGACCUGGUCAAGUCAAUAUCUAACAAAACGUAACAUUUCAAGGGAUGACGACAUGAAUUACAACUGCAGUGUUUACAACAUUAUGACACUAACUGGAAAAUCACCUGUUAAAGGAACAGACACUAAAAUGUGGCAUCUAUCUGUAGAAUACUCUGCGACAAUAAAGGAUUUUUACGUGAAUGGAUACAAAUCUGAGCGUAAUGUGACAGCAACUGAAUAUGACAACGUCACCUUUAUUUGCGACAUUGACAGUAAACCAAUUUCGAAUACGAGUCUACGAUUCACGACGGACAAAACUUUGGUUUGGACUCAUUCAAAUAUGCUGAGUUUCACACUUAGCUCUGCCAAAUGUACAGAUUCUGGAACCUUUUCUUGUUUCGGCAAAAACAAACACAACAUCGGAGUCGGUUCAACAAAGCAACUUGAUUUAUCGAUAAGAUGUUCACCGAGAGCUAAUCCAACGGUUCCAUUCACUACAAACUUAACAUUAGCAAGUAAUGUUACUGCCGUUCUUUAUUUUCCUAUCCUUGCCUACCCUAAACCAGAAAGUGUUAUUUGGCAGAAAUAUUCAAUGUCUAAUUGGAUAAGUGUUACAUCAAACAACAAUAUCAAUAUAUCAAAUAAUGAGUUAAAUGUAAGUCUAUCUAUAUACAACUUGAUGGAGACCGAAUUCGGGCGAUAUAGGCUAAUUAUUUCUAAUGAUGUUGGUUCAUACAUACAAAACUACUACAUCAACGCUGAAGAAAGACCAAAUCCUCCGACGGGCUUUCGUGUUCUCAACAAAUUAACAACAGCUUCAACUGCAACAGUACAAUGGUUUCCUUCUUUUAAUGGUGGAAAACCCCAACAUUUUGUAUUGAACUACUCCAAAUCACUACAGAAACACUGGGCACAAGAAGAAAUAGAAGACACAGGGGAACCAGUACUUAUUUAUACGAUAAAUGGAUUGUCAAGCAAUUCUGUCUACUACAUCUUUUUACAUUCUGUUAGUAUGUUAGGAUCAUCUAAGUUGUCUGCACGUCUUGAAAUCAAGACCAAAGAGGGGAUGCAUAUAGAUGGUAACACCAGUUUCGUCGGGACAACUAUAGGGAUUAGUAUCGGUGCUGUUCUGUUGUUGCUUGUAAUAUUCAUUAGUAUAUACACAUUAAGAAGGUUUAAGCUGAGAUAUCAACACACAAGAAAAAACGUAUAUCAAAACUUUAUUGGACCAUCAACACAAAAGAUAAAUUCUGCAACUGAAUACGAAGGCAUUGAUCUUAAUACAGUUGGAGCAAACAUAGAACCGAAUGACCAAAACAACACAGACACAAUUACAGACGCUCUUCCACAAAAUCCUUAUGAGAAACUUGAUAACAUCCUGAAAGACAGUAAUCAGUACAGUGAACUUAAACCAAUGGAUGACAACCGUGAAGAUAUUUCCAGGAAAAGUAAUGCUGAUUCAGCUCCAGAGACCUUGCAAAAAGACUUCGAUAAAGCAAUAUAUAUGAAUAUGAAAAUAUGAGGACCAAAAUCUUAAUGAAAUCAAUACUGGUUAUUUGUUGUUAUGUUUGUGAUUGUUUUUAACUUCCAGCACAGUUAUGCUGUGUAAAUACGAAAUAGUGAUAUCUAUAAACGAUGUAUAUAAAAUAUAAUAUUAACAAAUACUGAAAACAAUCGUACAAACGCCAAGAAAAACGUACAUUGAAUAUUCUUAAAACUUUUAAAAUUCACUAGAUGUUCAUGCAGUGAAUUCUUAUUUAUAUAUGUAUAUGUCUUUAGCCUUUCGACUGAUUAAAUAGCAAAUAUUACUAAAAGUAAGAGUUACUGUACUUUCUUUUGUUAAUUCAGAUUAUAUUGAUGCUAGAAACUUUGCUUUAUAUUGAUGCUUGAAACUUUGCUUUAUCAAUAUUGGUAAAUAUUUGUCAUUUUUGUUUUUGCUUUUAUCAUUUAGCAUGUGAUAUAUAGCAAAAAUGUCUGCUAUGUUCUUUUGUGGUAUGUAUUUGAUUAUGCAAACAAAUACUGAUUCAGAAACAAAUGUUAUAAAUCAUGUUUUCAUUUGUACUAAUGUAAACAAGGACGGACUCACUCGAGUGUUUGCAUAGACCCUAUACACAUUAUUACCGUUCAGGAAGUAUUAUUAAAAUACUUGAAGGGUUUAAAAAAAUAUAUUGUACAUCCUGAAUACUUUAUCAAGAGUACUUUAAUCCCGAUGGAUUUAACAAUUUUUCUUCACAUCCUGAAGAGUGUAACAAACAAUCUUUACACUAGAUUAUGACAUUGUCAAUCAAGCAGACGUAAAGAGCAAGAUAUACAAAGUUUAACCACACGUGUUGUGUGACAUUCUGUCAAGUUAAAAAACCUUUUGUUUGUCUUAUUUUGGAUUUAUAUUCCUGUCUAGUUGCAGUUGUGUCAUAUCUCGUCAGCAGAUCACUCAAAAAUUUUUGUCGGGUACACUAACCAUUAAUUACUCAUUUCCUCCAAACAUAACCGAUUACUUACUAAUCCCAAGUGAUUUCUGAAUCAGCAUUGACAGACUUAUGUCAACUUUUAAAUUACUCUAUGCGCAAGAUCAAUUGCGACAGAGAAAUAUACACCGUGUAUUUUAUGAGAAUUCGUUAAAACUCAGCUGCAACAUUGAUGUAACACAUUUGUAAUGAAUUCACCGACGUGUCGUUUUAAUUUACUAAAUAGUAUUCUUUUUUCAUUUGUAAAUCUUGUGCAUUAGUUUCAAAACAUAUCAAAUGCCUUUUGAAUAAUUUAUGCCGUUUUUUGUGACCUAUUUCUUUUAUUUUUACCAAUUUCGCAAUUAAGAAAAUUAGGGACGUAGAUUGCAGCUUUCAUGCUUUUUGUGUCCAUGAGCAGGCCUUAAAAAUGUUUCAUGAAUGUGAGAAGUUAAUGCAAUCGUCGUUCCCACCUACC